CUCUGAGCCCACUUGUGUUCUCAGUUUGGGAGCAAAGCAGCAGCCGAGAGGAGCUGGGAGUGAGGAGGAGAAGUUAGACUGAACUUCUGAGCAGAGAGCACCUGCGUUGUCAACUGGAACUUACAAGAGCCCAGUGCUCCCUGGGAACUUUUGUUUGUUUUGCUUUGUGUGGGAACCGAUUAUCAUUCAGGAAGAAGGGAGGAAGCUCGGACAAACACCACAGGCGGAAUCGAUCUGUCUUCUAUUGGGUUCUGACAUGGGUCCGACAGAUUGAUCGGCUGAACUGCAUCUUUUGGUGAAAGCCCGACUUUUGUGGAUUUUGCAGCUGGAUCCCCAGUUCCCAGUGUGAGAAACAGCAGGAAAGAGCAGAGGGGCAAAAAGAGAAUAUUGACAUCCCUCUCAAGCCCACCCUCAGCUUUGGAUGCCCCUCCUCUCUGCUUCUUCUUUUGCCCCCUGCACCCCACCCCCUCCCUCUCCACACACCUCACCUCCCAACAGAGCAGAAAGCGUGAAAAAUCUCACUAAUGGGUUUAUUUGCUGUCAGAUCUGCAUUGAUCUGUCAUUCCCUGGGACCAUUCUGCUUGACACAUUUCAUAGUUGAGUAACUCUCCCGGCUUUCUGGCAAAAGUUAACAGUGGAGGCUGAGAGCUCAUCAAGAGUGGAGCAACAGCGGCAGCAGCCAGUCUGACAGACUCCUGGACAGGGAGUCCCUGAAGCUGCAUUCCUCUGGUCUCCUUCUCCCAGUUGGGACUUUGUGUUUGCUUUAGCCUCGUGGGCAUCCUCAGUUUAUGCCUAAUAACCUUUACUGAGGUUUUGGGUCACUCCUGCAAGAACUCUGGUGCUGAUUAAAAGAGCGUGAAGAUGUGGUGUGGGGCUGGGCCUCUGGCAGUGGUGGCUGCAGUUUUUUGGACUCAUUGUGUCCUACUGGAUAGUGUGGAUGCCAAGAAGGAGAGGAAAAGGCCAAAAGAGGCCACUCCACAGCACACAGAGACAUACAAUGCGACCCUCUCCAACAGUGAAGAGGUCGGGGGAAGCGUCAAGGCUUCCGACCACCAGAGAGUGGAUCCAUUGGGAUCAUGGAUGGACUUUGUCAAAAGACCUGUUGGUAACUUCCCUGCAAAGUGCCGCAAGCGCAAACGACCUCUGCCGGGCCCUCCGGGUCCACCUGGUCCUCCGGGUCCACAGGGACCUCCUGGCUCACCUGGAGCAGAAGUGACGCAGGAAAUUCUUCUCCAGGAAUUUAAAGACAUGAUUAAAGAGGCUACUGAGAGGAGAACAGCAGCGCUGGACAGACAGACCAGCCCCAGCCAAAUACCCACAGCUCUGCUCACACUGGAGGGGAUGACCUCCUACAAGCGCAUAGAAGAGGCCUUCCACUGCAAGCUCAAGGGACCGGUGGUGGUGGACAAGAAGACGCUAGUGGAGCUGCAAAACUUCCAAACGCCACCUGCUAAAGGAGCCUUCCUCAGAGGCUCGGGAAUGGACCAGUCCACCGGGAGGUUCACAGCUCCCAUCACAGGGAUCUACCAGUUCUCGGCUAAUGUCCACAUCGACCACAGCGAGGUGAAGAAGAGCAAGAGCCAGCUGAGGGCCAGGGACAACGUCCGAGUGCUGAUCUGCAUUGAAUCGCUCUGUCACAGAUACACCUCACUGGAGAUGAUUGUUGGCUUGGAGAGUAACAGCAAGAUCUUCACUGUUGGUGUGCAGGGCCUGCUGGAGCUACAGGCCGGCCAGUACACCUCUAUCUUUGUGGAUAAUGCAGCCGGCGCCUCCAUCACAAUACAGAAUGGGUCCGAUUUCAUGGGCAUGCUGCUCGGUGUAUAGCCUGUAUGUGAACAGGGCUCCAUCUGACCCGUGGACUGACUGCUUACGGGCACCAUCAACCAGAACCCAACCGCAUGGGAGGUUUGAAGGAAGAACGUCUUACAUUGACUUAAAUGCUUGAUGGUUAAAGGACAUUUCGAAGAACUCAAGGACUGGGUUUGCUUUUCACAGUGCACUUCCACUUCCCCAAAUUCAUUUCAGAUGUUUUUAUAUUCUAUGGAUACUGUACAAAUCUAGGGGAGAUGUGUGUUUUUAUAUUGCUGAUGCUUUUCUACAUGAUGUAUACGCAUAAACUAUAGUUAUUUUUAUGAUGUAUUAAAUUUCACAUUUAUAUAAGUUAUAUGGUACAUAGACUCUGUGAGUACACUGGACAAUGGAAAAAGACUCAAUUGACACAAAAUGGCCCAUUAUUUUAAAAUAUAAGUAGCUCCAAUACAUGCUCCAUGCAGCUAUGUUAGCUGUAUGGGUUUAUAGAGCAUCAGUUCAUCACUGUUUAAGUUGUGUUGCAAUGAAAUUAUCUACAGAAUCUAAGAAUGAAUAUUUGGCAGUGAAGCUACAUUUUCGAACAUUAUAAGCAAUGUUAAAAUGCUAACUGCUCAUUUUGUAAGGGUGCUGCUAGAGUCAAUCCCAGGUAGACUGUCAGUCACAAAUGCAAUGAUGAGCAUUGUAAAUGUUAGAACUGUUAAACAUCAGCAUGUUACAGUAGCUGUGUCGUUAUGCUUGCUGCUAAGGUUCUCAUAAACAUGUUUGCAUAGCUGAGGACGCCAAUGGCCUGGUCACAUUACAAUGGAAAAAUAAAGUUCUUCUGUUGAACGCUCAGCACACUAUUUACUUUUCAUGGCGCCACAAUGACACCAGGCUUCAGUGUUGUUUAAAUUAAGCAGACGAAUCCACAAAGCUGUAAAAUAAACUUCUUUUGAUAGAGUCAAUAUUUUUACAGGAACCUUUCGUGUUAUCAUUUAUCCUCAAUACAUUUUUAUUGUAUUAUAUUUUCUUACAUGUGUUUGUAAUUUAUCAUAACUGAUAGACCAGUAGCAACGGGAAGUAUUUAUGUCUGUAUCAAAUGUGUGUUCAUUUAAAUUCUGUUGAAACCACAGAUUAUUUGCAAUAAUAAAAUUAUAUCUUUUUACUCUU